AUGCCACCGAGAGACAUUACCGGACAAAGUUUGGCUCUUGAUGAGUUUAAGCGCAAAGCCUAUCUCACUUACCAGCGUUAUCUCGACAAAAGCGUGCCGCACCGUUCAAUGCGAUGGGCAAUGUUUGGUUUUCUGCUGAUUUUUUAUAUGCUUCGUGUUUUCUUCCAUGGCGGGUUCUAUGUCAUUACGUACGGUAUGGGCAUUCAUCUAUUGUACCUGCUGCUGCUCCUCAUCACGCCGCUUGCUGAGGAGGAGUUUGCGGAGGACUCCCCGCUGCCAAGAACAGCUGCUGGUAAUGAUGAGGAGUUUCGCCCGUUUGUACCGCGCGUGCAGGAGUUUGUGGUGUGGAAGAGCAUGUUCAAAGUUGUAUCAAUCUGCUUCUUCCUGACAUUCUUUAACUUUCUGGACAUCCCUGUCUUUUGGCCAAUUCUUCUCAUGUACUUUAUCAUCCUGACAGUGACGCAGAUGGGCGGUCGCAUUAAGCACAUGAUAAAGCACCGCUACGUCCCUUGGAAUGCGGGGAAACCCAAGUACGUGGAAAAAGCCACCACCUAA